AUGUUUGCCUCUAUCUGGUACGCCAAGAAGCUGGGCAGAAGGCUUGUAAAUAAUGCCAGGAAAGCUAAAAUUCAGAAGGCAAGUCCUGCCCCAAUAAUUGUCAAUGCAGAGACACUGGACUCAGUACCAUACGUGAAUGGGACAGAAAUUGAAUAUGAAUUUGAAGAAAUUACACUGGAACGGGGUAACUCAGGUCUGGGGUUCAGCAUAGCGGGAGGAACAGAUAACCCCCACAUUGGGGACGAUCCCGGCAUCUUCAUCACCAAGAUCAUCCCAGGUGGAGCCGCUGCGGAGGACGGCCGACUCAGGGUGAACGACUGCAUCCUGCGUGUGAAUGACGCGGACGUCUCCGAGGUGUCCCACAGCCGUGCGGUGGAGGCACUGAAGGUGGCCGGCUCCAUCGUGCAGCUCUACGUGCGACGGAGGAGACCCAUGCUGGAGACCGUCAUCGAAAUCAAGCUCAUUAAGGGCCCCAAAGGGCUUGGGUUCAGCAUCGCGGGCGGGGUAGGCAACCAACACAUCCCGGGAGACAACAGCAUCUACGUCACCAAAAUAAUCGAGGGGGGCGCGGCUCAAAAGGAUGGGAGGCUGCAGGUUGGCGACAGGCUGCUUAUGGUAAACCACUACACGUUGGAGGAAGUCUCUCACGAGGAAGCAGUAGCCAUAUUGAAAAAUACAUCUGAUGUAGUCUAUUUGAAGGUGGGCAAACCCACCAGUGUUUACUUAUCAGAUCCCUAUGGGCCUCCUGAUAUCACACACUCUUUCUCUCCAGUUCUGGACAAGCAUAUCCCUUCCCUGGGCAACGAGUCCCUGGAGUACAAGCCCGGUCUUCCCCCCAUCUCCCCCGGGAGGUACUCUCCCAUCCCCAAGCACAUGCUGGGGGAGGAGGACAUCAACAGGCUGGAGGGCUUUUCGUUCUUACGAAACACCUCGUUAGAAGAUGCAGAAGCUCACAGGUUUGAUUCCCAGCACUUCCAGUUAAGGCCUCCAGAGCCCGUUUACAGCACUGUGAACAAACUGUGUGACCGAGCGCCCUCCCCCCGGCACUAUUCCCCUGUAGAGUGUGACAAAAGCUUCCUCCAUCCCGUCCCCUUCCCUCACUACCACGUAGGCCUGCUCCCCGACUCCGACAUCACAAGGGAGCCCCGAAAGAUCGUCCUCCACAAGGGCUCCACGGGCUUGGGCUUCAACAUCGUGGGCGGCGAGGAUGGCGAGGGAAUCUUCGUGUCCUUCAUCCUGGCGGGGGGACCGGCAGACCUCAGCGGGGAGCUGCGAAGAGGAGACCAGAUCCUGUCCGUGAACGGCAUCGAUCUGCGGGGGGCCACACAUGAGCAAGCGGCCGCCGCCCUGAAAGGGGCGGGCCAGACGGUGACCAUCAUCGCCCAGUAUCGCCCGGAGGAGUACGGACGCUUCGAGGCUAAAAUCCAUGAUUUGCGGGAGCAGAUGAUGAAUCACAGUAUGAGCUCGGGAUGCGGCUCCCUGCGGACCAAUCAGAAGCGCUCACUCUAUGUCAGGGCGCUGUUUGAGUACGAGAGGGCCAAAGACAGUGGGCUGCCCAGCCAGGGCCUGAGCUUCAGGUACGGGGACAUCCUCCACGUCAUCAACGCCUCGGACGACGAGUGGUGGCAAGCGCGCAUGGUGACGCCCGACGGGGACAGCGAGGAGAUCGGGGUCAUCCCCAGCAAACGGAGGGUGGAGAGGAAGGAAAGAGCGCGACUAAAGACGGUCAAGUUCAACGCCAAACCGGGAACACUGGAUUCUAAAGGGUCACUCAGUCACAGGCGUAAAAAGAACCGCAUCUUUUCACGAAAAUUCCCAUUCUACAAGAGUAAGGAGCUGGGUGUGCAGGAGUGCAGUGACAUUGAAUGGAGCCCGGAAGACGUGGUCCUGUCCUACGAGCCAGUCAUCCGACAAGAGAUAAACUACACCAGACCAGUGAUCAUCCUCGGACCAAUGAAGGACAGGAUCAACGACGACCUGAUAUCAGAAUUCCCGGACAAGUUUGGAUCAUGCGUGCCGCACACCACGAGACCCAAGCGUGACUACGAGAUCGAUGGCCGUGACUACCACUUCGUCAGCUCCAGAGAGCAAAUGGAGAGGGACAUCCAGGAGCACAAGUUCAUCGAGGCCGGCCAGUACAACGACAAUCUGUACGGGACUAGUGUCCAGUCCGUCAAAUACGUGGCUGAACGGGGCAAACACUGCAUACUGGAUGUGUCGGGGAACGCCAUCAAACGACUACAAGUAGCACAGCUCUACCCUAUUGCCAUCUUCAUAAAGCCCAGAUCCAUUGAUUCUUUGAUGGAGAUGAACAAGAGGCUGACGGAGGACCAGGCCAAGAAAACGUACGACCGAGCAGUGAAGCUAGAGCAGGAAUUUGGCGAGUACUUCACAGCUGUGGUGCAAGGGGACUCCUUAGAGGACAUUUAUAACCAGUGUAAGAUGGUAAUAGAGGAUCAGUCUGGACCGUAUAUCUGGAUUCCAUCAAAGGAGAAGUUAUAAAGAACACACAUGCAUCACCCAGGAUCUGGGACUGCAACCUAGGAAUAAUUUGUAACAUAUGCUUAAUUAUUAUGAUUAUUAUUAUUAUUAUGAUUAUUAAAA